AAUUAUGUUUAAGUGUAAUGUUAUAAAGUAUUAUUUUUUGAACUAUCAAUUAUAAUUAUAAUAUAUUUAUUUUAAAUUAUAAUUAAAUAAAAAAUAUUAAAUAAAUUAAUAAAAUGACAUCAAUGUUUGAUCAGUAUGAACAAGCAUCUCAAAGAUCAAAACAAGUACAUAUGCCACCAAUUCGUCCAGAUAUUAGUACAGCUGGAUUUAUCCAAAUGAAAUUUCAAGAUGAUGGGCCAAUAUUUAUUAAGCAAAAAGUUAAUUUUUUACCAUCUGACAAAAUUUUACAUUUUGUUGUUAACAAUAAUAUUAUUGUUAUUGCCAUGGCUAAUAAUAUUCUUUUACGUAUUGACAUGAAACAACCAGAUUCUCCUGAAGAAAUCGAUAUAUCUAAAUAUGCCAUAAAUAUGGAUAUGUCAGGAAUGUUUCUUGAUCCUUUUGGUAAUCAUUUAUUAAUAGCUUUAGUUUCAAAAUCUCAAGAUAAUCCUCCUCCUGAAUUAUUUUAUUUACACAGAAAAUCAACAAAAUUAAAACAGGCAAGUAAAUUCAAAGGACAUGAGAUUACUGCUGUUGGAUGGAAUUUUUCAAAUUCUUCAGAUACUACUACAGGUCCAAUCCUUUUAGGAACUUCAAAAGGUCUCAUUUUUGAAACAGAAAUUGGUUUAGAUGGUGAUAAAAUAUUUAAUACAAGCUUGGAACAAUAUUGGCGUCAGGUAUUUGAUAUAGGAAAAGAUAGUAAACCACCAAUUACUGGUUUAGAAUUUCAUAAAAUACCAAAUACUGACAAAUAUGUGAUUAUUGUUACUACUCUUAUGAGAAUUUAUCAAUAUAUUGGGGCAGUACAAAAUCCAGAAGAAAAACCUUUAUUGCAACAAAUUUUCAAUAAAUAUUUAAAUGUGCAAGAAAGCUUCAAUGAAGUAAUAAAUCAUUUGUCUUAUUCUAAAAUUCAAUUUUAUUAUCCCACACUUGGUAGUUUACCAAAAUCUUUUGGUUGGUUAACUGAAACUGGUAUAUUAUAUGCUCAGAUUGAUCCAAAAAUAGAUCCAAAAAGUGUAUUAACAAAUCAGCAAAUGUUAAUUUUUCCUGAAGCAAGUCUGAUGGGAAGCAAUAUAUCAAAAACAACUUCUGCACCAUUAUCUUUUGUUUUUACAGAAUUUCAUGCAUUAUUACUUUAUACAGAUCGUGUAAAAGGCAUGUCACUUUUGAAUCAAGAUUUAAUAUUUGAAGACAUUUAUAAUGAUGCAGUAGGAAAACUUUUAAAUAUUACUAAAGAUUAUGUAACACGUUCUAUAUGGGCUUAUAGUGAAAGAGCAGUAUUUAAAUAUAAAAUUAAUAAAGAAGAUAGAAACGUUUGGCAGGUUUAUGUUGAUAAAGGCGAAUUUGAACUUGCAAAACAAUAUUGUAAAGAUAAUCCAGCACAUAUAGAUCAAGUGCUUGUAAAACAAGCGGAAAUGCUUUUUAAAAAUAAGGAAUAUGAAAAAAGUGCUCUUAUUUAUGCAGAUACUCAUUCAUCAUUUGAAGAAAUAUCUUUAAAAUUUUUACAAGAAUGGCAAAUAGAAGCUUUAAAAACAUUUCUUAAAAAGAAACUCGAAGGAUUAAAAACGCAAGAUAAAACGCAAAUAACCAUGAUUGUUGUAUGGGUAAUUGAAUUAUUCAUGAAUCAAAUGGGCGUAUUACGAAGUAACAAUUCAUCUUAUUUACAUGAUUCACAAUAUUUAGAAUUGCAAAAACAAUUUGAUAGUUUUCUUGCAAUACCAAAAGUUGAGGAAUGUAUAAAAAGAAAUCGUAGCACUAUAUAUGAUUUAAUGACAAGUCAUGGUGAUAAAGAUAAUCUUAUUCGUUUAACAAUAAUGCAUUGUAAUUAUGAAGAAGUAAUACGUCAACAUUUAUAUAAAAAUAAUUAUUUAGAAGCUCUUGAGCUUUUAAAGAGUCAAAAUAAUAAAGAACUAUUUUAUCAGUUUGCUGGUAUUCUUUUACAAGAAUUACCACGCCCUACAAUGACUGCCUUAAUAUCACAAGGUUCUUUAUUAAAACCAUCUAAGCUUCUUCCAGCUUUAGUAUCUUGUAAUAGUGAUGAAAAACAUGCGAAAGAAGUAAUCAGAUACUUAGAAUUCUGCGUUUAUAAACAAAGUUGUCAAGAACAAGCAAUUCAUAAUUUUUUAUUGUCUUUAUAUGCCCGUUAUAAACGAGAUGAAGUAAUGCGGUAUAUUAGUUCUCAAGGACAAGACAUAAAUAUGGUACAUUAUGAUGUGCAUUAUGCACUACGAUUAUGUCAAGAAGUUGGUUUAACAGAAGCUUGUGUACAGUUAUCUGCUUUACUUGGAUUAUGGACAACAGCAGUUGAUUUAGCUUUAACAAUUAAUGUUGAUCUUGCUAAACAAAUAGCUGCUAUGCCUUCAGAUCAUGAAUUAAGGAAAAAAUUAUGGUUAAAAAUUGCUGAGCAUGUGGUUAGAGAAAAAGAUGAUAUUCAACAAGCAAUGGAAUUUUUACAAUAUUGCGAUAUAGUAAAAAUAGAAGAUAUACUACCUUUUUUUUCAGAUUUUGUUACUAUAGAUCAUUUUAAAGAUGCUAUUUGCAAUUCAUUACAGGAGUACAAUCAGCAUAUUCAAGAUUUAAAAGAAGAAAUGCAAGAAGCAACAAAAGCAGCAGAACUUAUUAGAAAAGAUAUACAAGAAUUCCGAACGAGAUGUACGUUCGUAAAUACAAAAGACACAUGCAAUACUUGUAAUGUUCAAUUACUAUUACGACCUUUUUAUGUAUUUCCAUGUGGACACAGAUUUCAUAGUGAUUGUCUUGUAGCUGCAUUAACACCUAUGUUGUCAAUGGAUCAGAGAACAAAGUUAGCUGAUCUUCAACGACAACUUACUGCUCUUUCAAACAGACCUGAAGAUACUAGAUCAGUUGGAUCUGUAUCUUUAUCUACAAAAGAUCAAAUAAAAACUGACAUUGAUGAAUUAGUAGCCUCUGAAUGUUUAUACUGCGGAGAACUUAUGAUAGAAUCUAUAGAUAAACCAUUUAUUGAAGAAGAAGAUUAUGAAAGAGUAAUGAAGGAAUGGAUAUGAAAAAUGUGAAGUAUUUUAAAAUACUUUAAAACUUUCUAUAUUGUAUAAAUGUAUUUAUUUAAUAUAUAUUAUACUUUAUUCAUACUUAAAGAUUAUUUAUUUCAUACAUGCAUUAUAAUUAUUUGUAACUUAAA